AUGGACCAAGCACAAAAGGUUAACCGCCUGCGGGACGAUGCUGUGAAGCACAUCUUUGAGGCUUUGCUUCUGAAUUCACAUCUUCAAGAGCUUGAUCUUGGUCGUAACAGCAUCCGAGACGAUGCGAUGGAAUUCAUAGCAGAGGUUAUUCUGCGAAACAAAUUCAUCACAAAGCUGAGCUUCGAGGACAACUACUUCACAGAUGAAGCUGCAGAGGUUUUCCUGAAACUGCUGCAAAAGGCUGAGCACCUAUCCAUGACGGAGUUUACGAUCCACAGCAACUACAUUUCAGAGAUCAAGCUCCAGCAGAUCGACUUGUUUAUGCGCACACAUGCCCGGGAACUGCAGAAGAAGAAGCGCGAGAACAAACGGCAAAGGAGCCAAUCGAAUGUGGGUGUUGGCAAUGACGCUCGAGAAGAGUCGAAGAUGUCAGCAGGGCGCCAGUCCAGUGGGAGCUUGUCUCGAAGCACAUCCAGGAUCUCGAGGGGAGGAUCGCGUGAGGCGUCAAAAGUUUAG